UCGCGCUUUAGCGUUGGAGAUAGAUUGCUAGCGCGCGAGCUUCAUUGGAGCAAUGCCCUGCUCCAAAUGCCUUGCGUCGGGCACAUUGUGGACGCAUGGCGAGGGUUUGGUUGCGCCAUGGCGGCGACGCCUUGCGGUUCCAUCGAUUUGCAAGCGGCAGAGAGCUUCGAUUCGGAUCGUAGAUCAGGAUGUGAGGCUGCAUUCCAGGGUUUCCAACAGGAUGCCGCCAGAUUUGGCAGGGUCGAUCGGCUUCUCGUCGGAUUUCCAGCCGGAUCGGUUUCCAGCGUUCCCUGGCUCGGAUUUCACGAAUGUGAGACAGAGAGAAGAAAAUAUCAACAAUUUGCGACGCUUGAUCCUCCAGGUGGCGACUGUGAGUGGUUUUUUCGCGUUGCAAUCACUCACUCAGGCCUGGGCUGGAAGUUCCAUGGCCGACGCUCAACAAAGCGCAUCAUUUUUGGGAUUUUUGGGAAGCAUUGACGAGAUUCAAAGCGGUUUUACAUUGGCGUUUCUUCUAAUAUUUUUCUCGGAGUUGGGAGACAAAACAUUCUUUAUUGCGGCAAUCUUGGCGAGCAGGAGAUCCAAUGUUGCUGUUUUUACUGGAACAUUUGGAGCUCUUGUAGCCAUGACAUUGAUAUCUGUAAUUUUAGGACGGGCAUUUCAUUAUAUAGACGGUGUUCUACCUUUCAGCUUAGGCAGCAACGAAAUACCGCUAGACGACCUUGCCGCUGUUGCUUUGCUGAUUUACUUCGGAGUGUCUACGCUGCUGGACGCUUCUUCUAUGGAAGGAUCAAAAUCACAAGAGGAGCAACAAGAGGCGGAACUGGCCGUUGCUGGAGUAAACGGUGGCGGCGGCUCGACGAGCAGCGUAGUUCUCUCAACAUUCGCUCUGGUGUUCGUGGCUGAGUGGGGAGACAAGUCGUUCUUCUCGACAAUAGCUCUAGCAGCGGCGUCCUCUCCUGUUGGUGUGGUGGCUGGAGCUAUCGCUGGUCAUGGCGCUGCUACAUUGCUCGCUGUUCUUGGUGGAUCGAUUAUGGGAAACUACAUCUCCGAAAAGGCGAUUGCGUACAUUGGCGGGACGCUAUUCCUCGUGUUUGCUGGAGAGACGCUCUUCGAGAUUCUCACUGGGUCCAAGUAAAACGUAAAUUAUUGCACAGAGACAAGGAUUUUUACCAGUGUGACCAAGAGUCAAAAUGGCUUUGUUCUACCUCCAGUAGGGUUUUUGGUGGAAUGGGAAUGGCGCGGGGUAAUUCAAAGGGA